GCUGGGUUUUAUUUCUAACUUCUCCAGAUUCUCACCAUGUUGCUUCCCAUAAUCUUAAACUCCUCCAAACAGAACCUUAAUGUCACAUCACGUUCACCACAUCGGUUGCCAAAAGUUUUGCAUGAAAUGGGAGUUACAGUCUACACAAGACAGUACACAAUACACACUUGAUCUGCGGGAAGCUACAGGCUACUUCCUCCGGUUCCAUAAUUCUUACAUUUUGGCUAAGGUUGAGGUUAAAUUUUUCAAACUUUGACUAUCAAUAACUGUGAAGCUAUUUAGUUUAAAGUCAUUAGAACAACAUAUAUAUUGAUUUGUCUUAUACACAGUAUUACAAUAAAAGAAAAAAAUAUUAAUUUAUUGUAUAUAUUAUAAUAGGAAAACAAGUCAAUGAUACAUUUUAGAGAUCGUGUCAUUAUCAAAAACAUUAAGAAUUAUGAAACCAAAGGGAGUAGCUGCUAAGUACGUAGACCAAGCCAUCCAUAUGUGUCAUGCAAUUAAGUGGCUUGAUCACAAAACAAACACAUACAGAGUACAGAUCAGCAAUAUAUGACUAUUAAAAACUAAAAUAAGAUAAUCAUCUGUAUCAUGCAGAUGCAGCUUGGACAUGAUCCUGGCUUUGCCUAUAAAUAGGCGUGCCUCAUGCUAAUCGUAGGCACAAACACAAGAAAGCAGUAGCCUUUGAGCCCUCUUGCUUUAACUUGUUGAUCCUCGAGUAAAUCUUAUUGAAAACUAGAUAGGAAACAUGGAAGCUGUGAAGAGUUUGAUUGUGUGUGUUCUGGUGCUAGGGUUAGUCCUGCAGCAUGAGCAUAUCCAAGUGGAAGCUAAGAGCUGCUGCCCAUCAACCACGGCAAGAAACAUAUAUAACUCAUGCCGUUUUACGGGUGCCUCAAGGGACAAAUGUUGUAAAAUCUCUGGCUGCAAAAUUGUUGAUGGGAAAUGCAAGCCUCCUUUCAUUCACCACACCCUUCACCCUGACUCUGAGGAAUCGGAUGUAUUGGACUUCUGCAAGCUAGGAUGUACUUCGUCCGUAUGCAGCAACAUGAAUACUUUUGCUGGCAACGAAGAAGGGAAUCAUGCCGUUGAUCGUUGCAACGAAGCGUGCUACCGCUUCUGCACCAAUGAAGCUGAAAUUGUCACCGUUGCUUCCUAAGCAAAGUGCAUCGAUCAUGCAAAGUUAUGCCGCUCUGGAGUAGUCAUAAAUAAGUUGGAUAUGAUGAUAUCCAAAGCCAGAGUGCCAUGGAUCUCUAUCUUGUCUUGUGCCACUUUAUAUUUCCAAUAAGCCAUGAUAAUCGCGUGAUCUGCCAUCUUUUCUGUAUCAGUAUGUGAGCAUAUGUAGAGUGAUAAUAUCAUUGGCUAAUAAAUAAAUCUUAUCAUCAUUAUGGAUCC